AUGGCAGCAUCCCUCGAUGUAGCGGCCAUCAGAGGCCAAUUCCCGGCCCUCGCCCAGGAGCAGGUUUUCAUGGACAAUGCCGGUGGCGCCCAGGUGUUGGGGACUGUCAUCACGUCCAUCUCCGAUUACCUGUCGAGGAACAAUGUGCAGUUGGGCGCAUCGUACCCGGUGUCGCAGAUAUCCACGCAAAAAUUCGACGAGGGCCACAUUGCGGGCGCAAAGUAUGUCAAUGCGUCGCCCAAGGAAGUGGUGUUUGGGCCGUCCACAACGCAGCUCUUCCGCAAUUUGUCAGUCGCCUUGAAGGUCGAGCCGGGCGCGGAGUUUGUGCUGUCGAGUCUGGACCAUGAGGCCAACCUGGCGCCCUGGGUGCAGUUGGCCGAGUGGAAAGGGUUGACGGUGAAAUGGUGGAUUCCGACAAAGAACACGGAUUCAAAUCCCAAGCUGGAAGCCGAGGAUUUGAAGAAGUUGCUCACGGACAAGACCAGGUUGGUCUGCUGUACGCACACGUCGAAUAUCUUGGGCACUGUGACCGACGUGGCCGCGCUGUCGAGGGUCAUCCACGAAGCGAACCCCAACGCUUUGUUCUGUGUCGACGCCGUGGCGUAUGCCCCCCACGCGCCCAUCGACGUCAAGGCGUUCGGCGUCGACUUCUACUCCUUCUCAUGGUACAAAGUGUACGGCCCGCACGUCUCUAUGCUGUACGUCAGCGAGAAGGCACAAAAACAGAUCCAGAGUCUGGGCCACUACUUCAAGCCCGGCGAUACGUUGGAGGAAAUGCUGGGUCUGGCGGCGGGCAAUUACGAAUGUAUCCAGGCCAUCCCGCUCAUAACCAAAUAUAUCGAAACGGUGGGCUGGGGCGCCAUCGCCGCACAGGAAGAAAAGAUCCAGGAGAUCUUGCUGUCAUACCUGCGGUCAAAACCGGACCAGAUCAAGAUCUACGGGGAGCCUUCGUCGGACAGAAAGCUGCGAGUGCCGGUCAUCAGCUGGAGGGUCAAGGGCCAGAGUUCAUUGGGUAUCAUUGAUGCCAUUGAGGCGAGGUCCAACUUCGGUUGCCGCAGCGGUCAUUUUUAUAGUAAACGGCUCUGCGACAAUGUCCUCCGCAUCCCGGACAGUGAUGACGGCGUGGUCAGAUGCUCGUUGCUGCACUAUAACACGGUCGAGGAAGUCGAGGGUCUGGUCAAAGUCCUGGACGAGGUUAUCAAGGAGGGAGCAGGAAAGCAUGUCGAGGACCCAGAGAGGAAGAAUAUUGCAAAUUGGUGA